AUGGAGGAUGAAGGAGUAAGCAGGAGGAGAGCAACGCAGCUCCCGGCGGAGAGAAACGAUGAGAGCGGCGGAAGCGACGAAGAAAGUAGAGAGCAAGGGAGAGCGUUGAGAUGGAGCAAUCGACAGAGUGUUAUGAGAGAUAGCAAAAGCAAUGUUGCAGUUCAAUCUGGCACAAGGGAGGUUCACAAACUCUCAGACAGGAGAUUUGUUCUUUCGAAGUUUCUGUAA